AUUUUUGAGUGAUGAAAAUGCCUCACAAUCAGUGCACAUCGUAUUUCAAUUGUCCAUUUGACUUAUCUGGUUAGCUUUCUCUAGAAUGAAGUAGGACUCGAAAACCAGCGAACAAGUCUCUUCCUUUUCCAUUCUCUCUCUCUCUCAUUCUCAUGGCUUCCUCUCCAUCUUCUUCUUCGCUUCUCAAGCUAAUUUGCAUACCCAUAAUUCUCACAUCGCUUUUGAGCCUGCAACUAUGGUGCUUCAAAUCUCCAUUUCACCCACAAGACUUGCUCCCUCUGUUGCCCAGACAGGUCUCAUGGCCUAUCCUCAACUCCCUCCACAGCGCCGUCGAUCUUCUUCCCUCCUUCGUCGGUGCCGUUUCGUCCCCCGAUAAUGCUCUGGAGUGGAACGGCUCGUGUUUCUCCGAGAACAGGGCUUGGAUGGAGUUUCACAACAAUAGCGGCACCGAAUUCGGUGGCGGAACGCUUCAUAUCAAGGUUAGCAAGGCUCAUAGUUGGUUAUGUAUGGAUCUUUAUGUCUUUGCCACUCCAUAUCGUGUAACAUGGGAUUAUUAUUUCCUGUCUCGGGAGCAUAAACUAAAUUUUGAAGAAUGGGAAGGGAAAGCAGAGUUUGAGUAUGUAAAAAAUCGAGGGGUUUCAAUUUUCCUCAUGAAAGCUGGAAUGCUUGGGACCCUUAGAGCUCUUUGGGAUGUUUUCCCCUUAUUUACAAAUACUGGAUGGGGCGAGAAGGCAAAUCUUGGAUUUUUGAAUAAGCACAUGGGAGCUUCUUUUGAUGCACGCCCUGAGCCAUGGGUUACAAAUGUCAGUGUUGAUGACAUUCACUCUGGAGAUUUCCUUGCUGUUUCAAAAAUUCGAGGCCGCUGGGGUGCAUUUGAGACUCUGGAGAAAUGGGUCAGUGGAGCAUAUGCUGGUCAUACUGCUGUUUGCCUGAGGGAUUCUGAUGGGAAAUUAUGGGUUGGGGAGUCAGGACAUGAAAAUGAAAAGGGAGAAGAUAUUAUUGCUGUAUUACCGUGGGAAGAAUGGUGGGAAUUUGAAGUCAAUAAAGAUGAUUCCAACCCUCAUAUUGCCCUUCUUCCUUUGCACCCUGACAUGCGUGCCAAGUUUAAUGAAACUGCUGCAUGGGAGUAUGCACAAAGCAUGGAUGGCAAACCAUAUGGUUACCAUAACAUGAUUUUCAGCUGGAUAGACACCAUAAGCGGGAACUAUCCUCCCCCCUUGGAUGCUCAUUUGGUUGCUUCUGUUAUGACAGUUUGGAAUCAGAUCCAACCUGAAUAUGCUGCCAACAUGUGGAAUGAAGCCUUGAACAAACGACUUGGAACUAAAGGACUUUCCCUUCCUGAAAUCUUGGUAGAAGUUGAAAAGCGAGGAUCAUCAUUUGCUGAGCUGAUGACUAUUCCAGAACAGGAUGACUGGAUUUACAGUGAUGGGAAGUCUACUUCCUGUGUCGCAUUCAUUCUAGAAAUGUACAAGGAAGCGGGAUUGUUUGACCCAAUUGCAAGCUCUAUUCAGGUGACAGAGUUUACGAUUAAAGAUGCUUACAUGCUCAGUUUUUUUGAGAAUAAUUCAAGUCGCUUGCCGAAAUGGUGCAACAGUGAAGACACGGUGAAGCUGCCAUAUUGUCAAAUUAAAGGAAAGUAUAGAAUGGAGCUGCCUGAAUACAACACCCUGAAACCAUAUCCUCAUAUGAAUGAAAGGUGCUCUUCUCUGCCUCCAAAGUAUUUUAGACCAGAGAAUUGUUAAGCUGCUUCCCAUGCUUUGCUCCUACCUGGUGUUCAUUGAUUGCCUCACCAGAUCUUUGCGUCCUCUUAGAUUUUGGGGACUCUUUAGGGGUUGGAUUGUCGACAUCUUCGACAUCUAUUGUUCUCAUUUCUCAUCAAUUUCAGAGAGAGAGAGACAGAAUAUGUUUAACUCACCUAAAUAGUGGGUUCUAUUUGUAUUUGGGGAACUCACUGGUGUGAUGAGUUCUAUAUACUUGCUGUCUGUUUCAUUUUGAAAUUGAAAGAGUGAAGAAAUAGAGUAUCCGAGGUCGUAGUUUCUAUUUUUACAUGCAUGAUUCUUAAAGUAGGAAGGUUUAGUUGAACAAUACACAUUAUUGUAUCAAAUCAUGCACGUCAUUUGGGUUUUCUUUGUAAAUAUAGGAUUUGAAAACUGUGUUAUGUGGACAGUUUAUUUCAUGCCUUGCCUAUUCAAAUUUAUGCUUUGGGUAUUCCA